AUGGAAGUCUGGCGAAGCGAAAAGUCCGCGAUGCAUGCUAGGUUCGAUGAAACUCGAGGUGACACUCAAUCGUUGUUCCAGAAGAGACCCUUGCCUGAUGAACUCAUUAAGUACAGCGCUAAUGACGUUAUGCAUCUACCUGCUCUGUACCGAGCAUAUCGUGUUCCUCUGAGGCAUAGGCUUUGGCAGAUGGUGGAGACACAAUCCCGCGUGAGGAUCGAAGACUCUCAAAAACCAGAAUACAAUCCACAAGACAGAAAUAAGCGCAAGGGCCCACGACGCAAUUACAACCGAUCGAGACGUGGGCAGCCACUAAAUCGACUCUUUGGAGACCUCACUUCGGCCAGACCUGAGAGACAGGAAGAAGUGUUCGAGACCAGCAUAGUGGUUCCUUCAGGGAACAUUAAGCCUGAUUCUGGUCGAGGCACAGAGCCUCUGCGAUAUCAACCAGUCACCUUUGUCAAGGCAGAAGAUCCCAAGCUAAAGAAGAAUGUGAACAAAAAGAAGAAGGCAAGCAAUGUAGGCCAAGGAGCAACACCAGCAAUGGAGACCUAUCACGAAGACCUGGACUGGGCACUUUGCGAUAAGGAUUGCGGGUGGUGUGGGCAUUGCUAUAAUUGA